GGGGCCGCUCUCCACCUUGGGUCUCAUCGCCGCUGGAGGGCCUCAGGUGGCACUAGCACCUGCGCGGGCCGCCGGAGCCUUAGGGAGGACGCCGGGACACCCGGAAGCCGGGAAAUGGACUCAGUGGCCUUUGAGGAUGUGGCUGUGAACUUCACCCAGGAGGAGUGGGCUUUGCUGGAUCCCUUUCAGAAGAAACUCUACAGAGAUGUGAUGCAGGAAACCUUCAUUAACUUGGCGUCUAUAGGGGAAAAUUGGGAAGACCAGAACACUGAAGAUAAAUACAAAAGCCAGGGGAGAAAUCUUAGAGGUUGUACUGUAGAGAGACUCUGUGAACGAAAAGAAGGUCAAUUUGGGGAAAGCAUUCGUCAGACUCCAAAUCUUAAACGGAACAAGAAAACUAUUCCUGGAGUAAAACCACAUGAGUGCAGUGUGUGUGGAAAAGUCUACAUGUGUCAUUCAUCUCUUAACAGGCACAUGAAAUGUCACACAGAACGCAAACCAUAUGAGAACCACAAAUAUGGAGAGAAGUCCUAUGAAUGUAAGGAAUGUGGGAAAACAUUCAACUUUCGGAGUUCAUUUCGAAUACAUGAAAGGACUCACACUGGAGAGAAACCCUAUAAAUGCAAGCAAUGUGGGAAAGCUUUCUGUUGGCCCAGUUCCUUUCAGAUACAUGAAAGGACUCACACUGGAGAGAAACCCUAUGAAUGUAAGGAGUGUGGCAAAGCCUUCAUUUAUCACACAACAUAUCGAGGACACAUGAGAAUGCACACAGGAGAGAAACCUUAUCAGUGUAAAGAAUGUGGGAAAACCUUCAGUCACCCGAGUUCAUUUCGAAACCAUGAAAGAACUCACUCUGGAGAGAAACCUUAUGUAUGUGAACAAUGUGGAAAAGCCUUCAGAUACUACCAAACUUUUCAAAUACAUGAAAGGACUCACACUGGAGAAAAGCCCUAUCAGUGUAAGCAAUGUGGGAAAGCUCUCAGUUGUCCCACUUCGUUUCGAAGUCAUGAAAGGAUUCACACUGGAGAAAAACCCUACAAAUGUAGAAAAUGUGGCAAAGCCUUCAGUUUUCCUAGUUCCUUUCGAAAACAUGAAAGAAUUCAUACUGGAGAGAAACCUUAUGAUUGUAAGCAGUGUGGGAAAGCGUUCAUUUCUCUUCCAAGCUUUCGAAGACAUAUGAUAAUGCACACUGGGAAUGGGCCUUAUAAAUGUAAGGAAUGUGGGAAAGCCUUUGAUUGUCCCAGUUCAUUUCAAAUUCAUGAAAGAACUCACACUGGAGAGAAACCCUAUGAGUGUAAACAGUGUGGGAAAGCCUUCAGUUGUUCCAGUUCCUUUCGAAUGCAUGAAAGGACUCACACUGGGGAAAAACCCCAUGAAUGUAAACAAUGUGGUAAGGCCUUCAGUUGUUCAAGUUCUGUUCGAAUACAUGAAAGGACUCACACUGGAGAGAAGCCCUAUGAGUGUAAACAGUGUGGAAAAGCCUUUAGUUGUUCCAGUUCAUUUAGAAUGCAUGAAAGAAUUCACACUGGAGAGAAGCCCUAUGAGUGUAAACAGUGUGGUAAGGCCUUCAGUUUUUCCAGUUCAUUUCGAAUGCAUGAAAGGACACACACUGGAGAGAAGCCUUAUGAAUGUAAGCAAUGCGGGAAAGCCUUCAGUUGUUCCAGUUCAUUUCGAAUGCAUGAAAGGACUCACACUGGGGAAAAACCCUAUGAAUGUAAGCAUUGUGGGAAAGCCUUCAGUUGUUCAAGUUCCAUUCGAAUACAUGAAAGGACUCACACUGGGGAAAAACCCUAUGAAUGUAAACAAUGUGGCAAAGCCUUCAGUUGUUCUAGUUCUGUUCGAAUGCAUGAAAGAACUCACACUGGAAAGAAACCCUAUGAAUGUCAACAGUGUCAUAAGGCCUUCAGUUGUUCCCGAUCCUUUCGGAUCCAUGAAAGAACUCACACUGGAGAGAAACCCUAUGAAUGUCAACAGUGUGGUAAAGCAUUUAAGUGUUCCCGUUCCUUUCGAAUACAUGGAAGAACUCACAAUGGACAGUAACUAAUUGUAGACAGCAUGGUAAAGCAUUCAGUUGACUUUGAAGAUAUGAAAAGAUAUGAAAGGACUCUUGCUGUAGAGAAACCCUGUGAAUAUAAAAUGAAAGAAAACUUUCAGUUCUCUGGGUGUGAAUACCAGAAGGAGCUCUUACUGGAGAGAAACCCUAUGACCACAAGCAAUAUGGGAAAAAGCCUUCAGUGAUCAGCUUUUUGAGGACAUGCAAGAAUGCAUUCUGGAGGAAUACUCAUAAAUGUCAAGAAUAUGUAAAAGCCUUCAGUUGUCCCAGUUUAUUUAGAAAUCAUACACAAACACACUGGAGAGCAGUUUAUCGAAUGCAAAACAAUGUGGGAAAGAUUUCAGUUGGCCAUGUUCUAACAUAAUAUAUGAGAAGGCACACUGGAGAGGAAUUGUAUAAAAGUGAAAAGCAAUGGAAAGUUUUUUUUUUUUGUCAAAUAUUCAUGUAAUAUUCCCUCUAUGUGAAUCUUCAAACUCAUGUAAAGACUCCUACUGGAGAGAGGUCCUUUAAGUGUACAUAAUACAAAUUAAUUCAUGUCUAUCAUUCCAGAACAUUUACAACAUGAAAGAAAUGUUAUAAAACAUGCAAGCUUAUUUUUCAGUUGUUUAUUAAAGUAUCCCUGGACUAUG